AUGCAUUACAGUCAUCUUUGGUUUGCAUCACUUAUUCUCGGCACCUCCCUUGCUGCUAAUAACCUGGCGAGUAACAUUGUGGAUCUGAAAUAUGCAUCCUAUAAAGGUCUUAAAGACCAUACACAAGGAGUCAUUCAGUAUUAUGGCAUACGGUAUGCCGAGCCCCCUACGUUCGAUCAUCGUUGGAAAGCACCGAUUCCAGUCGCGAAGUUUCCUUCGAGCAACCCUCCCAUGCUGAACGCUACUUCACCUGGACCACAAUGCAUGCAAGUCAUUCCUCCCUGGCAGACCGCUGGCAUUGCAUCAAUUGGCAUGGAUCCCAGUAGCUAUUCUGCCAGCAAGAAUUUACACUCCAGCGAAGAUUGCUUGUUUCUAGACGUACUUGUGCCUGAGUCACGCAAAUCUUCUAGCCUGCCUGUUGUGGUAAUGAUACACGGUGGGGGGUAUGUUAUCGGAAAAAAAACCGAAUCUGACGGAACUGGAUUCGUCUCGGCUUCGAAUGGAAGCGUAAUUUGGGUUCAAAUUCAAUACAGGCUGGGGCCAUAUGGAUUCUUGGCAGGCGGCGAAAUCCAGAGCGAAGGAAGCUCAAAUGUUGGUUUACUGGAUCAAAGAGCUGCACUGUUGUGGGUGCAGGAGAAUAUCCAUCACUUUGGUGGUGACCCUUCGAAGGUAACGAUCUGGGGGACAAGCGCCGGAGGAGGAUCUGUGACAAUGCAGAUGAUGUUGAAUGGAGGCGACCCGAACCCUCCUUUUCGAGCAGCAAUCUCUGAAUAUCCUUGGUGGCAGUCCUUCCAUGGAGAAGAGACCAUAGAAAAUCAGUAUCGCAGUCUGCUACAAGCGGCCGGCUGUCAAAGUCUUUCCUGCUUGAGAAAUAUAUCAUCCGAAUCCCUGCUGAAUGCCAGUCUCUCCUCAUACGGUUCGGCCUACAUGAACGGUGAUUUUGGAUAUGGCGAUUACUUUUUCGGACCAACAGUCGAUGGUACCAUCAUUCACGGUCUGCCGUCAGAAGAGUUCAGCUCAGGGCGAUUUUCCAAGGUACCACUACUAGUGGACCAUAAUUCUUUGGAAGGUCUGCUUUUUUCUAACUUCUCCAUUACCUCGCAAUUUGAAAGCUCGUUCAAUCUCCAGAGGCUUUGGCCCAAAUGGACACCCUCAUUUAUCAGCAGACUACUAGAGCUUUAUCCCGACAGGAAAUACACCGGCUCCUACUAUGAUGACCGGGCUCUGCAGUCGUACUCACGGUUGCUCCCAACACUCAAAAACAACACUGCCUUUUUCAAAACUCAGGACAUUUUCGGCGACUUCGUCAUAAACUGUCCAACAUAUUAUGUGGCUGCAGCCGUCAGUGAUGCUGGGGUUCCUGUCUGGAAGCUUCGUUUCGGUGCCGGCACAGAAGUUCAUGGAGCGACCGAUCCUUACCUCCGAAAGGCCUCUAAUUCGACGGACAAUCCAACCUUGAGUCGGCAGAUGAAGGAAUAUUUUCUAUCGUUCAUCCUUUAUCUAAACCCCAAUCACCUCACCGCGGUCUCAAAGCCGCAGUGGCCAAACUAUUUCGACAAAAAUAACACUUUUGCCACGCUCCACAUCAAUCAGACUUCAAUCUGGGCUGGACAAGAUUGGGACGUUUCUGCAAACUGUGACUUCUUCAAGGGACAAACAAGCGUUUUGCUAAAUCGAGGUACUGCUUUUGUCAACUGGGUAGCACAUUGA